GUGUCCGCCGUAACUCGAGACCCUCCAAAGAGCCCCAGGCUCCACGCCCAGCGCUUUCUAUUCUCUGGGCGGUGGCCCGGCUCGGGAUGAGGAUAUAAAGAAGCGAGGAGCAGGUGCCCGCACUCCAUUGGCUUCGUGCAGGCUGAGGAACAAGACUCUACCCGGUUUCAUCAACACCAACAUGUCGCGUCCGACCAUGGGGACCCGGAGCUUGAUCGGGACCUCGACAAGCAUGCGGGGAAGCAGUAUGUCCGGCUUCGGCCAGGGUCGCAUUUCCAGCAGUCGAGUCUCCAGCUACGGCAUGGGUUCGUCCCUGGGCGCCGGCUUGGGAAUGAGCUCCGGCCUGAUGUCCGUGUUCGGCGGCGGGUUCGGCGGUGGUCUGGGCAGCGCUGGGCUGGGCGGCGGGUUCGGCAGCGGGGGGAGUUUCAGCAUGUCCUCCUCCUCCUCCUCGGCCUUGACCAACGAGAAGCAGACCAUGCAGUCGCUGAACGACCGGCUGGCGGCGUACCUGGAGAAGGUGCGCACCCUGGAGAAGGGCAACGCCGAGCUGGAGCUUCAGAUCCGGGAGUUUUACCAACAGGCCGGGCCCUCCACCCGCGACUACAGCGAGUACUGGGCCACCAUCAACAGCCUCCGCGACCAGAUCAACGAAUUGAUCCUCACCAACUCCGGAAUCAUGCUUCAGCUGGACAACUCCAAACUGGCGGCGGAAGACUUCAAGACCAAGUUUGAAACUGAGUUGUCCAUCAGGAUGUCCGUUGAGAACGAUAUCAACGGUCUGCGCAUGAUGUUGGACAACCUGACCCUCGAGAGGAGUCAGCUGGAGGGAGAUAUCGAGAACCUGAAAGAGGAGCUCAUUUACCUCAGGAAAAACCAUGAAGAAGAACUCAGGAGCCUGAGGUCUCAGAUGUCUGGGAACGUCUCUGUCGAUGUCAAAGAUGACAACUCCAUGGACUUGCUCAAGAUCCUGGCAGACAUUCGGGGGAAAUAUGAAGCCAUGGUCAGCCAGCAGAAGGCAGAGACCGACGAAUGGUACAAACAGGAGAUUGCGAACAAGCAACAAGAGGUGGCAGUCAACGAGGGUGCCAUCGACGGUGAGAAGUCCAGGCUCACUGAGCUGAGGCGCAGCUGUCAGGGGCUGGAAACCGAGCUGAGCACACUGCAGAGUAUUAUCGCCUCUCUGGAGAGAAACCUGGACGAGGUUGAUAUGCGCUUCGGCGGAGAGAGGGACAAGCUGCAGAUGACCAUCAACGGGCUGGAAGCGGAGCUCGGGGCGAUCCACGCCAAACUCGUGUCGAUGAGCGCGGAGUACGAGCAGCUCCUGAACAUAAAGAGCAGACUGGAGGCGGAAAUUGAGACCUAUCGCAGGCUGCUGGGCGGCUUCGGGAGCAAGUCUUCAGGCCAGGCGUCAAGCUCAUCAACUGUUACGAAGACGGUGGUCAGGGAGGAAAAAAAGCCCGUUGUUUCGACCAAGACCAAGACGAUCACCGUUGUGGAGAAGAUUGUGGAUGGGCAGGUUGUGUCUACUCAUAUGGAGGAGCAGAGUUAA